AUGAGGAGGCGACUGACCAAGCAGUUCUCUGUCAAAGAGGUUCUGGUCCAGGUUUCUGGAUAUGAAAUUAAACAGGAGAUAGACGAGGAUGUCUCGGAAGUGGAAGACAACACAGAUUUUGAUCCAGACUUUGAGGAGACUGACCAGUCAACAGCUGGAGAGGGAGAGGCUCCCGAAGAAAGGGCGCCUGAGGAAACAUUGCAGUCCAAGAGUGGAUACUUGCUCUGGUCUUCAUCCCUCCAGGACAGAGGAGGUAGCCCAGGACCAACACAGUAUGCCAUAUCUCAUGUGGAUGACAUCAAAUCCAGCUUCCAACUCUUUUUACCAGAGUCCAUUGAGGGAAUUAUACUGGAGAUGACAAACCUGGAGGGGAAGCGUGUGUUUGGAGACACCUGGAGAGAAAUUGACCUGGUAGACCUCCAAGCCUACAUAGGUCUGUUGAUUUUAGCAGGAGUAUAUCGCUCAAACAAUGAGGCUACAAAAGGUCUGUGGGAUGCAGAGUCUGGCAGGCCUAUAUUCCGGGCAACCAUGUCCUUAGAACAAUUUUGUGUCCUUUCAAGAAUUAUUCGAUUUGAUAACAGAGAUACACGGCAAAAUGACAAGCUGGCUGCCAUCAGGAACAUUUGGGACAGGUGGGUGGAGCGCCUACCUCUUAUGUACAAUCCAGGCCCUGAGGUGACGGUUGAUGAGUGCCUGCUUCCUUUCAGAGGUCGCUGUCCCUUGAAGGUGUACCUUUCAAGCAAUCCAGGGAAAUGUGGAAUAAAGGUUUGGGUAGCAUGUGAUGCCAGGAGCAGCUAUGCCUGGAAUAUGCAGGUAUACACGGGGAACCCCAGUAGUGGAGGGGCCGAAGAAAACCAGGGUGUGCGUGUUGACAAGACAACCAGUCUCCAACGGCAUAAUACCACAUGUGACAACAAGCCUGAACUUUCCCCUGCACAAGUAUCAACCAGAGGAAGAGAGGCACUCUCAUCAACAUGUGCAUUCACUGACGCACACACACAUGUGUUGAAUGUUCCCACGGAGAAUAGAAAUGUCAUCCCGAUGAGCACGCUACACAAAGACGCCGCGGUCAGCACCACAGAGGACAGGAAGCCCCUUAUAAUCCAGGACUACAAGAAGAACAAAGGAGGUGUUGACUGCCUUGAUAAGCUUACUGGCACAUACACCUGCAAGCUAAUGACAGCCCGCUGGCCUGUGGCACUGUUCCACAAGAUCCUUGAUGUGUCUGCUUUCAACGCAUAUGUGGUGUGGACAGCCAUCGACCCAACCUGGAAUCAGGGGAAGAGUUUCAAGAGGAGACUUUUCCUAGCAGAGCUGGGGAAAGCUUUGGUGACUCCUCUUAUUCAACGGCGCCAACACAUUCCCCGCACACCAGCCUCUGCCAGUCUGGUGAAGAGUGUGCAAGCCCCAGUCCCAGCCGCUGCCCUGGCUGCUCUCCCCCAACAAAGACACGGGCAGAAAAGGAAGCGCUGCGGGCUCUGUGCCCCGAGAGACAACAAAACAAGCCUGAGAUGCUGCAAAUGUGAUGCCUCUGUUUGCAAGGCCCACUCUCACCUGACUGUCACAUGCCACUCAUGUGCAUGA